UCACACACACUUUUCCCACCGGGAUGGAUCUUCUGCAGCCAGCGCGCACAGCCAGUAGCCAACACGGACGCUUCCCCUCGCAACACAUGGCUGCUCAUGUCGGACGAAUAUUCUCGGCGUUUAUAUGGAUAAUAGGAAUAGUUUCCAGCUCCAGGACGAGGAUUUACCCUGCAAAUGAAGUGACCCUGCUGGAUACCAGGACAGUGCCAGGAGAGCUGAAAUGGGCAGCAAGUCCCUCAGAAGGAGGGUGGGAGGAGGUGAGCAUCAUGGACGAGAAGAACAUCCCCAUCAGGACAUACCAGGUGUGUAACGUCUUAGAACCCAAUCAAAACAACUGGCUGAGGACGGACUGGAUCCCCAGAUCUGGUGCUCAGCGUGUCUACGUGGAGGUCAAGUUCACUCUGAGAGACUGCAACAGCCUGCCUGGAGUGACUGGCACUUGUAAGGAGACAUUCAAUCUGUACUACCACGAGUCCAACGAAGACAAGGAGAACUUCAUCAAAGAGAGCAGCUUCAUUAAGGUGGACACGGUGGCGGCCGACGAGAGCUUCACUCAGGUGGAUGUUGGAGACCGCAUCAUGAAACUGAACACUGAGGUGCGGGACGUAAAAGUGACCAACAGAAAGGGCUUCUACUUGGCGUUCCAGGAUGUGGGCGCCUGCAUUGCGUUGGUGUCUGUUCGAGUUUUCUACAAAACCUGCCCCCUGACGAUACGAAACCUGGCAACCUUUCCAGACACAGUGACAGGAGCUGACACUUCAUCCCUAGUGGAGGUCAGGGGGUCCUGUGUCGACCAAUCAGAGGAAAGAGAAGAACCUAAAAUGUACUGCGGUGCUGAUGGAGAGUGGCUGGUUCCUAUUGGCGGAUGCCUUUGUAACCCGGGAUACGAAGUAAAGGGCAGUGCUUGCAAAGCGUGUAUGGCUGGUUUCUACAAGUCCAGGGCCUCUGAUGCAGGAUGCUCCAAGUGUCCUCCACACAGUUACUCGCUCCGAGAGGGGGCGACGGUGUGUGACUGCCACUCCGGAUUUUUCAGAGCUGACAGCGACAGUCCCUCCAUGGCUUGCUCCCAGCCUCCAUCAGCUCCACAGCAGCUGAUUUCAGUGGUGAAUGAGACCUCUGUCGUUCUGGAGUGGAGCCCCCCUCGCCGGCUGGGAGGUCGAAGUGACAUCAGCUACAACCUGGAGUGUCUCGUCUGUCAGACUGGCAAUCAGGCUAAGACAAGUAGCAAAGGCGUCUCUUGGAAUCACAGCGUCACCCAGCCGGAUGCUCAGCACAUCGGCCAGGGCAUGCAGUCAGACCAAGGGAUUGUGGGACCUGAAGUCCAGUCAGGCAGAGGCGUCUAUCAGAGAGAAUCCACUAGACCAGCUUCAGGCUCUCAGUUGUGCCAAACCUGCAGCUCAGACGUGCUGUUCUCUCCCGGCCAGACCGGUCUGAGGGGCACCCGGGUGGUGGUGAGCGAGCUCAGGGCCCACACUCACUACACCUUCAUCGUGCAAGCACGCAACGGAGUCUCCCAGGCUGGUGCUGAAGGGGCCACCCAGAGUGUGUCUGUCUCUGUAACCACUAAUCAAGCAGCUCCCUCUCCAGUGUCGUCCAUCCAAGUCACUGACGUCACCAGGCAUACUUUGUCAUUGUCAUGGCAACAACCCGAUCAACCCAACGGGGUCAUCCUGGAAUAUGAGGUCAAGUUCUAUGAGAAGGAUCAGAAGGAGAGGUCCUACCGCAUAAUGAGGACCUUCUCUCGGAGUGUGGAUGUCACAGGCCUCAACCCACUUACUGUGUAUGUGUUUCAUGUGCGAGCUCGCACCGCUGCCGGAUAUGGGGAGUUCAGCACCCCCUUUGAAUUUUCCACCAACUCAGAUCCCUUCCCUUUGAUUGGAGAAGGAGUCAACUCUGCCUUCCUGCUGCUGUCUGUGAGCGGGGUUGGAAUUUUGUUGCUCAUAUCGGCAGCCAUCUUCAUUAUUAGUCGCAGGAGGAGCAAGUACAGUAAAACCAAGCAAGACUCGGAGGAAGAAAAGCAUCUUAAUCCAGGAGUGAAGAUCUAUGUGGACCCGUUCACCUACGAGGACCCAGAUCAGGCCAUCCAUGAGUUUGCCAAGGAGAUUGACGUCAGCUGUAUUCACAUCGAGAGAGUUAUCGGCAUGGGAGAAUUCGGGGAGGUGUGCAGCGGGCGGUUACGUGUGCAAGGAAAGCGAGAAGUGUACGUGGCUAUCAAGAGUCUGAAGGCGGGGUACUCGGAUAAACAGAGGCGUGACUUCCUGUCUGAGGCGUCCAUCAUGGGACAAUUUGACCACCCCAACAUCAUCAGGCUGGAGGGUGUUGUCACCAGAUGUAAACCACUAAUGAUCAUUACAGAAUACAUGGAAAAUGGAUCCUUGGAUGCUUUUCUUCGGAAACACGACGGCCAAUUCACCGUGAUCCAGCUGGUCGGCAUGCUGCGUGGCAUCGCCUCAGGCAUGAAGUACCUGUCAGACAUGAGCUACGUUCACAGAGACCUCGCAGCACGAAACAUCCUGGUCAACAGCAACCUGGUGUGUAAGGUGUCUGACUUUGGCCUCAGUCGGGUUCUGGAGGACGACCCUGAGGCUGCAUACACAACCAGGGAGGCCAUUGGGACUUACCUCUCUCCUGGAGGAAAGAUCCCCAUCAGGUGGACAGCUCCAGAGGCCAUCGCCUACAGGAAGUUCACCACGGCCAGUGAUGUGUGGAGUUACGGCAUCGUGAUGUGGGAGGUCAUUUCUUACGGCGAGAGACCCUACUGGGACAUGAACAACCAGGAUGUGAUAAAAGCCAUAGAGGAAGGCUACCGCCUGCCUGCUCCCAUGGACUGUCCUGUGGUCCUGCACCAGCUUAUGUUGGACUGCUGGGAACGAGAGCGAGCCGAGAGACCCACGUUCAGCCAGAUCUUGAACAUGCUGGACAAACUUAUUCGCAACCCCGGGACUCUGCGAAGGACCGGAGGGGAAAGACCCACCAUAUUGGAGUCAGGAGUGGGUCCGGAGGUGUGUGUUUCGGUCCUACCAGAGAUGUGCGUGGCCAAGUGGUCGCUGUGUGAGUGGUUGCAGUCCAUCGGUUUGGAGAUGUAUACAGAGAUCCUGGUGGCAGCAGGAUACUCCACUCUUGACAGCCUAUUGGCACUCACACACCAGGAACUGGACAGACUGGGAAUCCUCACACCAUCCCACCAGGACAUACUCCUUGCCAGUGUGCAGCAAGAAAUGUUGUCUCAAAUGCAGCACAUGCAACACACAAUGGUUCCCGUCUGAGUGACAGGAUGGAUACACACCUGUGUGCAAAACAAUUCCAUUUACCUCAUCCAUGCACUUUAGGGAGACAUUCACCAGUGGACCAGUACAAGGAGCGUAAUGAAAGUAUGCGAGAAGAAGAGAGAAAGCAGCACUUUUUUGUCGACUUCCAUCCUGUGGAGUUUUCUAAGAACAUGAUGUGGUCGUGGCCACUGAUUGCUACUGAGACUGAAGCCACAUCCUCUUAUUCACUUCUCUUUUGCAUUAUUUUAUUAUCUGUUUGUGAAGGCUGACAUGAAAGCAGAACGACUUCCAGUUUUAUUUUUUUUUGCUGCUUUGGGCUUGACUUGAAGAAAAUGUGUGUGUGCGUGUGUGUUAUUGUAUGUGUGUGUUAGUGUUACUCAUGCUGUGGGAACAUAAAUGUGCAGAAGAAGUGAUUAGGCUAAGACUGCAGGAAAUUCAAGUGUGUGUGCGUGUGUGUGCGUGUGUGUGCAGUGUGUGCAGUGUAAACUCACACAUAAUGGACUCCCCCGUGUCUAAAUGUCACACGUUUGUUUGAACUUUCUGAUUAUGCAAAGUGAAAGUGGGAGGAGUCAAGGCGAAUAUCUCUCCAGUUACAUACUAACAGACUGAAUGUUUUUUGCUUUUGUUUCUAUAGCUCUGUUGGUUUAACCUUUUUUCAUUAGACAUGUUCAUUAGAAUCAAGUCAAGUCUUGUCUCUCAUUAGCUACAUGAAAUAUUUUCUUUAUUUAUGGUCUUUUUUUAUGUAGUUUCUAUAUUGUAAAUUAGAAGCCAAGUGAAGAAGAAUUGUAUUGACUGCCAUAUUGCAUUGCAAUAAAUGCCAAAAUCCAUUCUUGUACAGUAUGAGAGUUUUCAUAUUAAUUGCAUAGAAUCUGUAUUCAAAUCAUCAAGGUGUCAGAAUAAUCACGACAGUGCAUGCCAUGCUGCCAUGCCUCCAAAACAAAAAGCACCUAUUUGUCCCCCUGUAUUAAGAUGUAUAAUAUCAGUAUAAAAUUAAAUU